ACCAGUGCCACCGUCACUUGUUGUAAACAUGGCGGCGUUGCGAUCAGGGGUUGUACUGUUUCUUGCUGGUUUUUUGGCUCUCGCCGCCAAUGUCCAGCUCGCGUCCGCGGGUGGUAACACACUCGUCCUUCUGGACAACCUGGUCAUCAAAGAGACGCAUUCCAUUUUCUUCAAGUCGCUUUCAGACCGAGGAUACAAACUCAACUUCAAACUCGCGGACGACGCUAAUUUGAACAUCAAGAAGUACGGCGAGUAUUUAUACGAGCACAUCGUCAUCUUUGCCCCAUCCGUGGAGGAAUUCGGCGGAACCCUUAGCGUCGAGGCCCUCACAGAGUUCGUCGAUGAUGGAGGCAACUUGCUCGUUGCUGGCAGCUCAUCGUCAAGCGAUAUUUUGCGAGAGUUGGCCUCUGAGUGUGGGUUCGAGGUGGAUGAGGAGGGUGCAUCUGUGAUCGACCACCUCAACUACGACAACAAUGACAAGGGAAAGCACACUUUGAUCGUGGCCGAAGCCUCAAGCCUUAUCAAUGCACCUGUGAUUGUUGGAACCAAAAAUAUUCCGCCCCUGCUGUUUGAGGGCACCGGACUGGUUGCGGACAAGGAGAACCCGCUGGUGCUGCACAUCCUCACGGCCAGCAGCUCUGCCUACUCUUACAACCCCGACCAAGCCAUCAAGGAAUACCCUCACGCUGUUGGCAAGAAUACCCUUCUGAUCGCCGCCUUGCAGGCGAGAAACAGCGCCAGGGUCGUGUUCUCUGGCUCCCUCUUCUUCUUCUCUGAUGAAGCCUUCAACUCUCCCGUUCAGAAGGCAGGAGGUGGCCAGCUGCACAAGAGGUCUGGCAAUCAGGAGGUGGCGACCGCGCUGAGCAAGUGGGCGUUCAAGGAGACGGGUGUGAUUAGGGUGAAGGGUGUUAGCCACCACAAGGCCGGUGAGAAGAACUCUCCUGCCGCAUACACCAUCACCGAGGACAUGGUUUACACGAUCGAAAUCGAGAAGCUGCAGGUCGGCCAGUGGGUGCCUUUCGACGCUGAUGACAUACAGCUCGAAUUUGUCCGCAUCGACCCAUUCAUCCGCAAGAAUCUGGCCAAGAAGCCUGGCGGCAAGUACGAGGCGCGCUUCACGAUUCCAGACGUGUAUGGCGUCUUCCAACUCAAGGUCGACUACAACCGCAUUGGCUACACUCACCUGUUCAGCACCACUCAGGUGUCCGUGCGGCCCCUUGAACACACACAGUACGAGAGAUUCAUUCCCAGCGCCUUCCCAUACUAUUUCAGCGCAUUCAGCAUGAUGGUUGGCGUGUUUCUUUUCAGCAUAGUGUUCCUUCAUUACAAGGAAGAACCCAGCAAGUCUAAGAAGGAGCAAUAAGCGGUGUUAUUGUUAUGAAUUUGAGGGCAAAUGAUUUUCGUGUGUUUGAAGUGUUUUGUAUGAACUAUGAGAAUAAAUAAUGAUCUUUAAAGCUA